AAGUGAAAUGGAAACUGAAAGUGUUAGAUAAAAAGAAGGGUGGAGAGAGGAAAAGAGGAGGAGAGACAAAGGGAGAGCAGCAGACAAAGGAAAUCUCUCCAAAUUAGAUCGCAGCAAACACACCAAGAUGCGAAACCUCAGAGAUCAGGAAGCUCUAAUUCCUCAGCCUCGUGGGAAUUUGCCUAAGGUGUGUGCUGCAGCGCUUGCUGCCAUAACGACAGGUAGCAUUGUGGUUUUGUCUCCUGAGAGGAUGUUUGGCUGGGUUGCCAUGGCAGCACUCAUCCUCACCCUUGGCCCUUUGCUGCACGGACUCUGUCUGUUGGCAGAGGAAAUGCUGCACCAUUACAACACAAGGUAUCGAGGCCGAGCGUUUCUGAGCCACAUGCUGCCAGCCUGUGGUUUUGGGUGUAAGACGCUGCUUCCUGCAGGGCUGGCAGGCCUCGUGCUGUACCUGGUCGGACACCCUCUGCCAGACAAUAACCAAUUCUGCAAACUCCUUAUCCUGGUCUCUGUUCUUUACCCGCCUUUGAAAAGCCUAGGAAUCCUGGGUCCAUCGGAGGUGGAGGUGUCAGACAUCUGUGAGGGAAGGAAGAUGAAUGUAGCCCAUGGUCUGGCCUGGUCCUUCUACCUGGGAUACCUGCGACUGGUGCUGCCAUAUUUGGAAAAUUCAAUCUCAGUCUUUCGCGCCACACAUCAGCACAGCAGUUCCUGUUGGGGUCGUGGCUCCAGGAAGCUCCUAAUCCUCAUCCCUCUCAACGCCAACAUCUCACACAAACUGGAGGACGAGGACGACAACAUCCGUUUCUAUGACAACCUCCCAAACAAUGAGAUAGACAGGGCAGGAGUCCGUGGGCGGGUCUAUAAGCACAGCGUCUACAGAGUACUGGAUGAGAAUGGGAAGGGCCAUGAGUGUGUGGUGGAAUAUGCAACGCCUAUGCUGACGCUCUACAGCAUGUCCCAGGAGAGCAGCGCUGGCUUUGGGGAGCCUGAGCGCAGACAACAGGUCCUGCUCUUCUACAGAACCCUGCAGGACAUCCUGGAGCACUCACUGGACUGUCGCAACCGCUACAAGCUCAUCCUGCUCGAUGAUGAACAUCAUGACGACCCUCACUUUUUGUCCAAGACUAUCCUCAGACACAUAGAGCAGCAGGAGAAAGAGGAGUUCUGUGUCACUCCACCUCCUGGCCAGGAGAUGGUACACCCAUUAUCGAACAGUUCCAGUGCCCUGCCAAGUGCACCGCCCCUAGACGGUAACUGGCACCACCACCCAGAGCCGAUGAGCAGGGAGCCCACGCUCAUGUUCAGCCUGGAGAAACCUCAGCCCCUGAGGGGACCUGUUGAGAACAGCGACUACUAGCAGAGGAAAACAGAGGCACAGAGAGAGUAGUGUAGAAACACACACACCUCCCACAACUGCCACUGUAUUCCUAUUCUGUAAUACUAUACUCUUGUAUCUUCUUAUAGCAACCAAACAGAUUAGGGAUUUUAGUUUUUUUAGAUUUUUUAUUUUAGAGUCGAGGCCUGAUUUCAGAUGAAGAGACAAUAAAUUUAUGCGGAAGAAGAGUUGUGUUUGAUUUUUCUUUCUGAGUACAUCAACACCCUCUUAAAAUAAUGGCCUAAGUCAUUUUUUCAGGAUUUUCAGAAAACACAAAAAACUGAACCACACCAUACUGAACCUUGACCCAGGACUAUAUACUACAGGGGUACAACGGAUCUGUUCAGCUGAGGAUGUAGGCAGUUUUACCAGAGAUGGCCAGCAUCAUGAGGAGAUGAUUUAGGCAAAAAAAAUAAUUUUAGUCAAAAAAUUACUUAAGUCAUCAUUUUAGGAAGGUGACGAUCAUGGUUUGGUGAAUGAGCAAGUUUAGACAUUAAGAUACAUGCAAUAUAUUACUGUCAACAUUAAGUGAAAUUCCACGGCCUGCCUGCUGUUUAUAAAAUGUCCUGGUGUAAAGUGCAGAAUAGACAUUCAAACAAUAUGAGGAAAAACCCUGCAUAGAUGGUUGAGUGCACUUACAGUGCACCUUGCUUUAGUGCUGAGGAAAUGUUGCAACUUCAAGGUUAUAGUUCAUCUUUCUCCUUUAGAGAACAGGACGUGAUCUUCCCACCCAAUUAAAAUCGUUAAAUUAACAGCCUGGAGCCGAGCAAAGACUGAAUGACGUCUUGUGCUGCCUCUGUUUCUAUCUUGGUUUAGCUGGUAUGUUCUUUGCAGGUUUUGUUUUUUUUAAGUUUAUUUUUUAACCCCAGUGAUCUUUUAAAGACAGUAUAAAAACAAACAUUUUCCAGCAAUAAAUGAUUGAAUUCAUGCAAAUUUGACCGCAAUUUGUGCUAAAGUGUCGUUUUUUGUUGUUUAAAAUGCCAUUUGUUUCAAUAAUUGUAAAUAAAGAGCAGAAAGUGGAAGAGCAUGA